AUGUCUUUCGCGGAUGUGGCAGCAGCGUGGUUGGGAUAUGCUGUGAUAACGGGAGCUUGUGUUGUGAAGCUUCCGCAAAUCUACUUGAUGGUGAAAAAUCGGAGUGCAGAGGGCUUGUCUGAAACAUCUGCAGCAUUGGAUGCUAUCGCUGCUAGUUCCUUUUCCUAUUACAACUUGCUUAAGGGAUUCCCCAUCUCAGGCUGGGGAGAACAAGGGAUUGUAGCUGUACAGGCUACUGCUGUGCUUCUGUUGAUUUGGAUGUAUCGGGAUGGCAUCUCUCUGCCGGUACGAUUCGCUGCCUUGGUGGCAUGGAUAGCUGCAAGUAUAUUUCUUCUAAACGAGGGCCACAAGGAGGACUACAAAUACAUUCUGGUCAUCUUGGGGACCUCACCUACAUUCAUGACUGCAAUUUCACGCAUCCCGCAAAUUUUCUUGAAUUGGCAGAACGGUCACACUGGACAACUCUCGGCCAUUACUUUCUUCCUGCAGUUCUUGGGUAGCGUGGCGCGCUUCCUGACAACUUUGCAGAUCAUGGGCAAGGACGUGCUGUCCUUGGUGUCACACGCAACAGGAGCUGUCUUCAACUUGAUCGUCGUUCUGCAGAUCUACUUUCAAAGCACUUCGUCCAGCAAAGCUGUGAGACCUUGUAAAUCAAUAGCCGUGGCGAUGACCACUGACAAAGAAGUGUAG